GACAUUGGGUGUGGACCUGGCUCGUGGUGUCUUGAUCUGGCGGCUGAUUUCCCAGAAUUAGAGAUUAUUGGACUAGACUUCCAGGAAAGCAUGUUUCCCGACGCUGGCACUAUCCCACCAAAUUGCAUUUUUAUUCGCUACAAUGUCCUCAUGGGUCUCGGACAGUUUGAGGAAAAAUCAAUAGACUAUUGCCACAUUCGGUUUAUGAACCUGUCGUUAACCGUACGUCAAUAUGCUCAGGUGGUCAGAGACUGCUGGAGAGUACUCAAGCCAGGAGGAUACCUUGAAAUGAUGGAAAUGGACAUG